AUGGAACAGAGGUUAGCAGAGUUUCGGGAGGCCCGCAAACGGGCUGGGCUGGUGGCUCAGCCUUUCUCAGUGAGCCAGGGCGAGCAGACCUCAGCAGCGAAAGUGGUCCAAGAAGCGGCGACCCUAAAGACAGCCCAGGCUUGGCUGAGACGCUUCCUGAAGUGGAAAGCAAGUCCUGCUAUUACGCGGGGCCAUCCCAACCAGGCUCAGGAAGCAGCCCAUCAGCCCCCACAGAGUGCAGUGGUCCGUCUGCAUUCAUCCCAACGUCAGUCUCUCCUGUCCAACAUCACCUUCUUGAAGGUUCUCCUCUGGCUGGUCCUGCUGGGUCUGUUUGUGGAACUGGAAUUUGGCCUGCCUUAUUUUGUCCUGUCUAUGUUCUAUUGGAUGUAUGUGGGGACUCGGGGUCCUGAGGAGAAGAAAGAGGGGGAGAAGAGUGCUUACUCUGUCUUCAACCCAGGUUGUGAAGCUAUCCAGGGUACCCUGACUGCAGAGCAGCUAGAGCAUGAGUUACAGCUCAGGCCUCCACAGUGGAGGUAGAACCCACCUCAGCUGAUCCUUCUAGCCUUGAGCAUGGACUCUAGAAGAUAAACAACAGUUUACAGGGUGGCCAUGUGACUGCCAUGGUCUCUGUGUUCUCCCUCAUCUGCUGCAGGUUCGUUUUGGACUCCUCUUUGGUUUAGGUGAAGUUUUCUAAAAGACAUGCACUGUUGGGACUGCCUGGAGUCCUGGCCUAUGUUUCUCUCCCUCACUGAGCUUCUGAUAA